AUGUCAGUCUGUAGGGCCAUGGACGCUGUAGUUCUGGAUCCGAACGACCCGGCAUACCUGGUUUUGCCCAGUCUGUUACAAUACCUUACGGUGGAUGACAUUCUGGAGUGGCGCCUUACAUCCCGUCAUACCAGCAGUCCCAGGGUCUUAAUAGAGCACUUGUGCGAAAUGGGCAGGUUGGAUGAGUCCCAAUCCAUUCUAGAUUUCGCUAAAACAGUUAGCUUGGCUUCCAAAUGUCCUAAUGGCUUCAAUGCGGCAGCAUCGGGAUUCGAUGUGGAGCAGGUGAAGCUCUUCGAAAUUCGGUGGUGGUGUAUGAAGCUGGCGAGCGCAAGAAAGACACAUUUUGCAGAAAGUGAUGUGCGUCACAUUGUCGGCUCAAACCUUCGAAGCCUGCUGGUGCAGUGUUGGAGUGAAGAUGCCUCUGUAAGGAACUCCGCCCACAGCAUUGUUCUCAAGUACGGCAGCGAUGGACUCCUUUUUGUGAAGCAAUUGAUCGCGGAAGCCAUGCUUGGCCUGAUGGAGAAUCUCCUGACAGAGUCUGCGGAAAAUGCGGAAAUUAGCGAAUGGGCCUCGAUCCAGGUUAUGGUGUGCACACAGCAUCUUGUAAACGUCGUGCGUGUUCUGGAGAAACCUCAACGUCAACAGUGGGAGUCUCUGCUGGUCAGAGUCCUGCGUGAUCAGAAGUUCUACAACCCAAAAUUGAUUCGCAGCCUGAGGCUUCUUUUGGAGAGAAGCAAAGCGUUACCUGAGGGCUUUCUGAAAGACCGCCAGAGCCAUGCGGAGCUUGCUCACUUGUUCUUGGUUGCAGGGGCAAAGGACAUCCUGAAAAUGUCCAAUAGAGAACCUCCCCAGGAUGAGAGGCAUUGGAGGCAACAGGAAGCAAGGCUCUUCAAGCAAGAACAUGUUGCUGCUGGCAUCGACUUCCAGAAGUACGACGCCAUCGAGGUCGAGACCCAGGGCGGCUCUGGUAAGGAAGAGCCAGUCGACACCUUCCAAGAGGCCUGCGAGAAGUAUAACCUGCCGUCAGCUCUGACGGCAAAUAUCGAACGCUGCAGCUACAACGUCCCGACGCCCGUGCAAAAGCACAGCAUCCCUGCCGUGCUCUCGGGCAGUGACGUGCUCGUCACAGCACAAACAGGGA